UGUCCUUUUUUUAAAUAGAAAAAGUCUUUGAGGAGGAAGACUUCAGGGAAUCGAGUGCUGUAUUUGGAAAAGUGUCCAAAGCUGCAUCUACAAGCAGUUCUGAGCAGUCAGGUAACAAGCCCAAUAUGCAGGCUGACGCUGAAAUAAAUAUAGCAGAGGAAGCCUCUAUGAAGACCAAACCUGUAGAACUGGAACCAGCUGACAAUGGGAGUGACACAGAAUCUCCCACCUUGAACGAAGUUAAAAGGAAGAGAAAUGCUUCUGAUCAGAUUAUGGAAGCAACCCACAAAAGACCCAAGUAUGCCAGGAGUUCAGGUGACAACGUUCCAGUGAGACCUUGUAACAUGAAGGGGGGGGAAAAACAAGGGGAGCCUGAAAAUGCUGGAAGCACAGGGUCUGAUGUGUCUACAGGGGUGUUUAGUGUAGAGGCCAAGCCGCCUGUUGAUUAUUUAGAAAAACUCAAAAUGAUCAUUCGUGUGAUUAGUGUGGCUAGGGAGUGGGAAAAGAGACUGAUCCAAAUGAUGGACUCCUUACCUGAUGUGGACGUGCUUUGGGAUUGCAUUAAACAAAUGGAGCAAUUUUCUUCUGCAAAUACCCCUCAAAUCCAAACAGGGUUGGGAUCUCCUGAGUUACAACCGCUGCCAAAAGGAGGGAAAAUGAAAAGGGGGAGACCUGGCCAACGGUUUGGAAAAAGAGGGAAAAAAGAGCAAAUCACAGGGAAACUAUACUGGCACAAAAGAGCUAUGAAAUUGUUAAUCCGGGCUAAAAAACUGCUUUCAGGCAGGAAAAGGCUAUCUGGGCCUCUGCCUUCGAGCCCCGCACGAGAGCCCCCAGCUCCUCAGCCCGAGUUCUCCACGGAAGAGCUGGAGCCUGAAAUUGAAGAGAGUGAUGAGGAAACCCCGGAGCCCCCAACUCGUCAGGGUGUACGACGAGGGCCUGCGGCUGCUGAAGAAAUAUCUCCAGAACCCGAGCCUUCCUCCGAAGAGCUGGAGCCUGAAAUUGAAGAGAUUGAUGAGGAAACCCCGGAGGUGUAUGCGGAAGUGCUAAAGACGUGGGAAUGGGAGCAAAAGAAAUUCGGAGCUCGUCAUAUUGGGCAGGAGUUCCGACUAGUUAAUUUACAAAACAUAACCUCCUUUGCCCAAGCGGUAACCGCCUUGCACGGUGCCAUCCAGCAGGUCCUCGAUAAUGUGAGCCAAAAGAUUGACGCUGGGGAUUUCGUGCGGAUGAGAUUUGAGGGUGGGGACAUCGGGGACCCUUUGUUUUCGGUGAAGCUUAAAGGGGGCCUGGAUGCGGACGAGUUCCUCUCUGAGCUGGGCAGCCUGCUACAGAGCGACAUGGAGCUGUGCGCAGACCUCACUUUGCGACUUGUCGUAACCGUCGUGAAGCCCCCCCGUAGGGGCAUCCCUUCGCGGUGCCUGGAGAGCACCGGCUAGCCAUUGAUUGUGGCCAGUGAAAGGGGCCGGAGAGCUUUUUGAUUCAUCCGGGCAAGCCCCAGAUAGCCAGCCCGCUCCUGAAACAAUCGACAAUCUUUCUUAUGGUGGCAGAGCGAAGAGAUGAUGUUCCAGCAGAAGCAACUGCAGCAUCCUUUUUAGCCACAACAUGUGGCUGUCACUGUGUAGUUCUUUUUAGAUGGUUUUUAAAAUCACAUUUUAAUGCUGUACUCGGUAGAGGCUUCCAGGAACCAAGGAUAGAAAAAUUUAAAGGUCUCCCCAACUCUGCAGUCUGUUUGAACAUGCCCAAGCCUGUCACUCCCAGUGUAAAAUGUAAGGGUGAAAUAAAAUAAAGACAAAAGUUGUAUGUUUUA